AUGCUUUUUACAGUUCACGAUUUCAACAUCGGAACGCCGACGCAGAAACUGUCUGCGCAAUUUGUGUUUAGCGAGCCCGACGUUGUAGUCGCAACCCGGGGCUGUAUGAGUCUACACAACAAAUGCCCACAAUAUUGCAAUCAUCGUACGUUUGCCCUGGAGAAUAAGGGAGAUUCCGAAGUGCGACGCUCAGUUUUUGUUUUCUUUUUGCGCACGAAUUCUGAAAACUGGGUUUCUUUUCUGCAGCGUGUGCUGGAAUUUUCACACAAUCUUCGAAAACCUUGACGCCCAUUUGCGUCAAGUUUCAUUAAAAUCUGAGCGUCGCAUCUUUUAAAAGCGCUUCCCCUGCAAACCUUUAAGAUUUCAGCCACAUUCUGUAUGCUGUACUGCAACCCCACAUGCUGUUCUUCCACGGCCAACAUUGUUAAGCAAUGCAAUUGGCGUCCCGACGGUGCUUACGACUAUAAUUCCACGUCUCGCGACGUUCAACGCCGAUAUUGGCAAGCGGUGUUUGGGGACUCUGCCGGAGUUUAUGCCAAAGAAAAGAUCGACAUGGAAAUGAUAAAUGGACGACUCGUUCUUGAAGACUACACAAUUGCUCUAAACGCACUGAUGUCGCUUAAUUCGUUCGUGGAACAAGAGCGCUCCUUGUAAGUUUGAAUUAUUGAAAGUUGCUCCCAAAUUUGGGAGUGGAUCUUUUCCAUGCAUUUUACGAAAAUACCAACAAAAUUUGUUUUAGUCAUCGUAUCGGCCUUCGCCGACGGACUGACGGCUCUUCUUUCGUGAUGGAUCUCUACAAGAAUGGCCUAAUCGCUUCACCAAUGCUUUCAAUAUGCCGGUCCAGCGCAAUACGCGGUCGUAGCCGCAUGAAUUUUGGCGCCCUAUGCACCUACUGCAAUAAAGAAGAAUAUCAUUUCGUUCCUCUUGUUCAGGGGAGUCUGGAAUUCAUGAUGGACGUUCGAUCGGCUGUAGUUUUCGACUACAAGGUACACCGAAAACACCGUGUAAGUUUAACGUUUCUGUUAUCUGUUUCAUUCAGAUGACGUUUACUGAGUCGCCAAUUCUCUAUGUUCCACAUGAUUUUUUAACGUAUCUAUUGGAAGAAGGGAUCCUUCGAUACGAGCGUUCUUUCGUGUACAGAGUCGAAAAGGAAUUUCCCUACAAAUUCCGGUGGAACUUGUCUGACGUGUAUUCUAUUGAUCUCGACACAAGCACUGUAAUAUCCGUCCUUAAAUAUGAGUCAGUUAUAUACAUCGAGACGUUGCAACCCAAUCCUGAUGAUUUGAGAUGGAUUUUGAGUAACAGUCUCUUCUACGAAUACAGUGUUGCGCUGGAUUAUGAGGAGAAUCGGAUUGGAUUUGCAAAAAUGAAGACUUAUGGUCAGGCUUGUGAACUGUGA